AUGGCCGCCUACGGAGCACGACACGAGCCAUGGAACAAGGUUGGACAGGAGACACGGGGGGCACGGCUCACACAGAGAGGCCGAGUCCACGGAGACAAAAGGCAGAACGGAGAGGAGAGCUAUCGCCCGGGGGGGGGGGGGAUGGGGGUGACACCGGGCCACGAAAAAGGAAGCGACAAGGGAGACAGAGCGCCACGUCAGGGGUCCAAACGGAGCCCGCCGUCCCACUGUGAUUCCCACGGCCAGGGCUCGGCCGAGGGAGCGAGGAGAGGGCAGGGGACAAAGCACAGCCCUGGGGAGAGAUAUAGAUGCCAGUGUCCAUGA